UUUUCGUCCCACCCCUCCACCUGGUGUUAUGAAUGCACAUGUGUGAAACGUAGUUCUUCGGAGAGUAUUAGAUUCGUUUUUCAUUUCAGUGCGUUAUAUCGUUUCAUCGCAUACAAAAUAAUAAAAAUGUUUCGACAGGUUAUCCCGCGACUAGUACAAAAUCUCCGAAUAAUUGAAAAAAGACAAUUAUGUACUACUCUUAACGAGAAUAUGAAACUAGAAAAAACUAUAAAUCAAGUUGCCCUAUUGGGAAGAGUAGGAGGUGAAGCACAAAAAAGAGGUAGCGAAGAUCAUCCUGUUGUUAUAUUUUCUCUUGCCACGCAUAUCAACUAUAAGUAUAUGAAUGGUGAUUUCGUACAACGGACAGACUGGCAUAGGAUAUGUAUUUUUAAACCAGGUUUACGCGACACUGUUUUAAAUUAUUUGAAAAAAGGACAAAGGGUAUACGUCUUGGGAAAAAUAAGUUACGGGGAAUUUAAAGACGAAGACGGUACUACAAGGUCGAGUACUAGCGUAAUAGCGGAUGAUGUAAUAUUUUUCCAGUCUUAAACUAUUAUUAUAUAGGGAUCUCUUUUAUAUUUUAAAAUGUACGUAAAAGAUGUAUAUAAAUAAAGUCAAGAGUAACAUAGCAUAUUUUUGUUUUUAAAUAUUUUUCAUGUAUCAGAGUUAUACUAUAUAAUGCUAUAUAUAUAUUAUCUUUUUUAUGUUAUUAUUUUAUAAUGUUUCGAUUCACCAUCGAUUAUCCAAGGAUAAUAAACUAACCGUUAAAGUUAGCUUAACGAGUAAAUAAAUCUUUAUUUACACAUUGCUCGUCCACUUGUAACGAGUUAUACAAUAAACAGUUUGUAAUUUUCUAAAA